GUGAUUUGUUUACUGUCGCGAGCCACAAUCUGAACUUGCGUUAUUUUAAAAUUAAUUUUAAAACAGAGAACACCCGGUUUGUUAUCUCAGGGGAAGAACGGUUAAAUUUGACGGGAAAGUAGGCAACAUCCAUAAUUACCGUAUCAUCGUUACGCAUAUAGAGUAAACAACCCGGUAGUUAUAGUGGCGGGAACAUAACGUUAUUCCUCGAAAGUGCAAAGGUUGUUUAAAUGGAUGUAAAUGUGGAACUUUUCACUUCUGAAAAGAGCGGACGCGGUCUAAAAGCAAAGCGUAAUUUAAACCCAGGUUCUACUGUUCUUUCAUCCGAGCCAUAUGCAUAUUUGCUAUCGAAAAAGCAAAAAGGCGUUUAUUGCGAUUUUUGUUUCAAAAAGCAAGAUGGUCUGUUGCAAUGUUCUGGAUGCAAAUAUAUGAAAUACUGCAACAGAAACUGCCAGAAAAUGGCCUGGAAUGAACACCACAAAGCAGAGUGCCCCGCACUGAAAAACGUAAUGCCAAAAAGACCACCAGAUUUUGUCAUUUUACUUGGAAGGUUGCUAUGGAAUAUGCAGCAGUACAGCAGUGCCAAAUUACCAGAGAAAAAUUCGAUUUUGGAUUUAGAGUCAAAUUAUAAUAAAUUGUCGCAAAACCAAAAAGAGGCCUUGAUGAAUUUCCUUGUUAUUUUACAUACAUUUUGGAGCCCAAAACCUCUUCCACCUCAAGUUACCGAUAACAAAAUGCUGUUGGAAUUAUGUGCUAGAAUUAAAAAUAACAGUUUUGCUAUAUGCAAUGAAGAGCUGCAGUCGGAUGUUGGCACUGGCGUGUAUCUCAAUUGCAGCUUCAUAAACCAUAGUUGUGAGCCAAAUUGUGUUGCAGAGUUUAACAUGCGGACAUUGAAAAUAAGGGCAGUGAAAAAUAUAACUGCGGGGGAAGAAGUCCUGAUAAGUUAUGUCGAUUUGUUUGCUACUAGCUUUGAAAGACAACGAGAACUAAUGAGUAUUUACCAUUUUCAAUGCACUUGUCAUUCUUGCAAUGCUAAAACUGAUGAUGAUCAAAUGAUGCAGGACUUUGAUGGAAAAAUAACAGAAUCAAAACUAUCUUCUGUAAAAGACAUGUUGAGUCAAAUGGAGGAGUUAAGAAAACAAUGUGAUUAUCAGAAAAUAAAAGACCUUGUGGAGGGUUGUGUAAAAAGGAAAAUACUGCCACAUGAGAAUAUAUACAUGGCAAAAGUUUUGGAUUUUGGCAUGGAUGCUUGCAUUGAACUAGGUGUUUUGACACAGGCAUUUGAGUUUGGUUCCAUGGCUUUAUUUAGCUACAAAUUAUAUUUACAUGCAAACCAUCCUAUGCUGGGCAUACAACUUAUGAAACUCGGAAAAAUUUUACUCCAUGAGGAAAAAAAUCAAGACGCUAUGCAAUUUUUGCGUGAAGCAUUUAAAAUUCUCACUAUAACACAUUCGCCAAACAGCUCUGUUUUAACGGAGCUACAAAAUUUACUGGGCCAAUGUUUAGCAGAAAUGCAAAACUAAAAAAAUUUUUGGACUGAUAAUAAAUGAUGGCUAGUCUCAUUUUAAUUGAUUGUGUUCAAUUUUAAAUGAUGUUUACGUAAUCAAAUUGUCAGCAGACUAAAACAAACACUAGUAAAACCAACACAUGCUGUAUUAUUACGCAACCGAAUUACCUGUUUAAACAUCAUGAGAAUUUAAAGCAGGGUUGAUACACAAACCCAAUAAUGCAUGCCCACACUGUGUUGCAUGUACACUGUUGCAGUUUUUUUACAUUUUUAGAAA